AGUCUGUAUGUUAGAAUGUUAAUUCAUCUUGAACUGGUUGCAGUGUUGGAGCUCUCUGAGAAAUACCAAAAGCGCUUUGGUCCUCUUCGUUAUUUUGUUGCUGGAUUUCUCAAAUUCUUGUGCCUACCAAAGUACAGCUAUGAAGUUGAGUAUCUUCCAGCAUUAAAAGAGGACAUCUCAGAAAGGGAAGUAGUUGACAUGUCCGAACUAUACACAGACAUUAUGAGGAGAUCAAACACAGAUGGGAUUCCAAGAGCCUCUAGUUUGUCAAGUAUCGACUCCAUCAUGACUCCUACUCGAAUGUCUGGUGGAGACUUGGAUACAGCCUGCAGUAGCAAUCAUGCUAGCAUUGAACCAUCUGAGUACGUACGUGGCCUAGAUCCGAAAUCAAAACGACUUUCAAUGGGAAGAAGCAAUGUAACUGCAGAGCCAGAAGUUAUUCAUCCUCAGCUUCCUCUGUCAACGACUCCAAAUUGGCCAAGGACCCGCUCUAAGUCGAGAGCAGAUAAAGGAUGGACUGGAUUGACAGCCACACAUGAUGCCUCCAGAUCUUCUUGGUGCAAUGCUGGAACAAACGAUAAAGAGGAUAUAUCAUCAACUCUGUCUGAUCCAGGUCCAAUUUGGGAUGCGGAACCCAAGUGGGACAGUGAACCUAAUUGGGAUGUGGAAAAUCCUAUUGAAUUACCAGGGCCAUCAGAUGAUGUGGAAGCAGGAAGAAAGGAAGUUGUUCCUAGGUAUGAAGAUAAAUGGGUUGUUACUAAGGGUCAAUUCCUUGGUAUUCUGGUUUGCAAUCAUGCUUGCAGAACCGUUCAGAGUUCCCAAGUGGGUGGCGCCAAAAGCUGAGCAUGAUGACAACACCUUGGAUUUGAUCCUAGUUCAUGGAAGUGGGCGGUUAAGGCUGUUGAGAUUUUUCAUGCUACUGCAGAUGGGUAGACACCUUUCACUGCCAUACGUGGAAAAUGUCAAGGUGAAGUCAGUGAAGAUUAAGGUGUCAGGAAAGCACACCCACAAUGGUUGUGGUAUUGAUGGAGAGCUUUUUCCCCUCAACGGGCCAGUCAUUUCUUCUUUGCUUCCAGAACAGUGCAGACUUAUUGGCCGCUCCCUUACAGUUAACCCUCACGUCUGAAUACCGUGCAUCUUCUUUUGGACCUCUAUAACGGAUGUUAAGGGCAUUUUUCUAUUCACUCAUGGAACAUGCAAGAUUAAUGUUUGACCCUUAGCCGUUUAUAACAGCUUAGGCGCCUGUAAAUGUUUUGUUUGGCCAUGUUGUUUAUUGGUGUUUUCUUUAUCCUUUUGGUUUUUUUUUUUCGUUCAUUUUUUUGUAUUCAUUUGCAGAUCAUGUACAUCGUCCUUGUUUGUUAUCUGGCGCAAUCUGAUUGUGUAUUUAAGAUGCUGGUAUCCAUUUUUUUGUGACUGUUCGCGAUAUUUGUUUUGUAACAAUUGAUCAGCCAUCCUUGCUUGA